CGAAACCACCCCAACUAUGGGCGCACAUCUUCGUCCACACGUUCACACUGAACUAUGAGAUGGCACGUAUUCGGUCAAAGUUCGCUUCACAUCGUCGACUGCAAACGUCAACCAAAAGUGACACCACCAGAAGCGAAUGAAAACAAAUUCGUCCGCAUAACUCGACGCAACAGCGGGAGCAAAGCGUUUCGGCAGUGCAGUGUGUGUGUGUGAGGACGGAAAAAAGCAUAAUUUACAGCCAACCUCACGAAAACCCGGUCCGAAAAGUGCCACACAAAGUGUAAAACAAGCAUUUGUUGGCUAGUUUGUUGAGUAACUGUUGCUGAAGCACAAAGGAAAAUGUCUUCGUUCGCGCUUCGCUUUGCUCCCCGGUUGCUAGCCGGCAACACGGCCCCACGGUUGGUGGCCGCGGCCACGCAUCGGAACACCUACUUCACCUAUUCCAACCAAAUUUCGCAGCCGCUCGAGCGCGAACCCAAGUACACGACGGCGGAAGAAGCGGUCAAAGUCAUCAAAUCAGGUGACAUUGUGUUCGCUCAGGGUGCAGCGGCCACCCCGGUCCAUCUGCUCGAUGCGAUGACCAAGCACGGGCUGGAGAACAACCUGCGCGACAUCACCGUGACGCACAUGCACACCGAAGGGCCCGCGUCCUACUGCAAGCCCGAGUGCAAGGAUGUAUUCCGCUCGAAGUCGCUGUUCAUGGGCGGCAAUGUGCGCGCUGCCGUGGCCGAUGGACGCGGUGAUGCGGUUCCCAUUUUCCUGCACGAAAUUCCGCUCCUGUUCCGGCGCAAGCUUAUCCAGCCGGACGUCGCGAUCGUGUCGGUGUCGCCGCCGGACAAUCACGGUUACUGUACGCUCGGCACGAGUGUGGACUGCGUGCGGGCGGCGCUCGAAAACUCGAAAGUCAUCAUCGCCCAGGUCAACAAGCAGAUGCCACGCACGUUCGGGGACGGCAUUAUCCACCAGUCACACUUCGAUUAUGCGGUCAACGUGGACAUUCCGCUACCGGAGCACGGUGGACACGCGAUGUCGGACGUGGAAACGAAGAUCGGCAAGCUGAUUGCAGAAAAUCUGGUGGAGGACGGCGCCACGCUGCAGAUGGGCAUCGGCAACAUUCCGGACGCGGUGCUCAAUGCGCUGCACAACCACAAGGACCUGGGCAUCCACUCGGAGAUGUUUGCGGGCGGUGUGGUCGAUCUGGUGCGCAAGGGUUGCGUGACGAACGAUAAGAAAACGUUCCACCGGGGUCGCAUCGUCGGCUCGUUCCUGAUCGGCACGAAGAAGCUGUACGACUUUGUCGACAACAACCCGUUCAUUGAAAUGUUGGAAAUCAACUACGUCAACAAUGUGGGCAUCAUCGCGCGAAACCCCAAGAUGACGGCCAUCAACUCGGCCAUCGAGGUCGACCUAACCGGACAGGUGUGUGCCGACUCGAUCGGUACGCGCAUGUACUCCGGGUUCGGUGGCCAGGUCGACUUUAUCCGCGGCGCAGCGGAAGGUUUCGACGGCAAGGGCAAACCAAUCAUUGCGCUACCAUCCGUCACGAACAAGGGCCAGAGUAAGAUUGCCCCCAUCCUUAAGCCUGGCGCCGGUGUGGUAACUUCCCGUGCUCACGUCCACUACGUCGUCACGGAGUACGGUAUCGCCAAUCUGUUCGGUCGCAGCUUGCGUCAGCGUGCGUACGGCCUCAUCCAGAUCGCACAUCCUGACCAUCGCGAAGCGCUCGAAAAGGCGGCCUUCGAGCGUCUGAAGACGAUGCCCUCGCCGAACUAAGAAUCGAUGCGGAUGAGGAGAAAAACACAUACACACACACACACACAAACACACGCGAAAAACAUCGUUCAAAAGCAAUCGAUUUGCGGUCGAUCGAUCCCCAGCCAGCCAAGCCAGCCCGUUCGUUUCUUCUUUCCAAUCCACCAACUCGAAUCACGUUCCAAUUAAUGUGUUUUUUUUUCGUGCGUAACGCUCGUUUCGUGAUUUUCUGUUGACAUUCUAGACUUUUUGGGGAGAAAGAGUGCCGCUGGCGCAAAGUUAAGAACGUUGCGCCGGGUGGCGCCACCAAGCGACCGCAAAAGCAAAAAAAAAAACCGUUUCGUUCGCAAACGCGCCAAGCAAAAUUACCAAAUAAAGCAAUUUAAUUUUAAACAAACCGAAACCGAACGUUAAGACAAAGAGGAAGCAAUGCUAUUACGCACCGCAAUGCCUGGAAUGGAAAAUACUGCCACAAAAUUGCUUUUGUUUAAAGAAAAUCGUUCGUAUGAUAGUGGGUGCGCACUUGUAGAGUGAGCUCGCCGGUAGUUUCACUAUUUCCACAACUGUUUGCAAACAGGUAGUAGUGCGUGAGGGUAGUAGUAGGAUUAAAGUGCGUAACAAACUAUAGCUGCAUUAGCAUCAAACGAUCUAUCUCAGAAAACAAACACAUUACACCUUCAGUGCAUUGCCUGUGAAGAAGAGAAACCGUGAUGGGCGAAGAAUCGUGCCGGGUAACCGUAUGGGGGUCUCGGGGGAGUUUUUUUCUACAAAUCACGCCAGCGGACGCACCACAAUCAAUACAACAAGGUUUUAGGAGCAAGCAUGCGUAAAUCAUAUAAGCGAAUCAAAACGUGAUCAAACAAACUACAAAGAACGAGUUACUCGAAACCUCAUGAAAUCAGCUUUCAAAAUAAAGUUAUCCUAGUAAAUACAA